AUGGCGACUGACCCUGACUUCCCUUGCUCACUGACAGUCGACAUUCCCCUCCCCACCGCCCGUCUCGCAACCGCCGCGCUCCAAGCGCUCCAAGUCGACAAGGAACUCUCCCCUCUCGUCCACCGCUGCUUUUCUACUCUCGCGCCCACAGACGCAAUCACACAGACCACGGCAGCUUCUCCCGGGGUCGGAACAGAAGCCGAAGCAUUAGCAGGAGAGAGGAGCGUGCUGCGGACAGAGUACAAAGCCACGACGAACCGCAUGCUGAGGGUCGCCGUGAACGGGUUCAUGGAGAGCUUGGGCCUGGUGCUGGGCAUCAUGGAGGAGCUGGACGUGGAUGUCCUGGGCGUAGAGUCUCCAUGA